AAUACCCUGGACAAGGCUCUAAUCCAUCCAGUGUUUUGAUCCCACAGAUAUAGCCAAUGAUGUCUGCCAGCCGGCCGCCGGUUGAUAGCACCUCAGAGAUUCGAACCUGGAUCUCAGUGGUGGUGAGAUAGCAUAAUAGACCAAUCAUUCGGUCACAGCAGGUUUCAUCCAGGAUCUCGCUCUGCCUCAUGAACCACCAUGAACCUGGAUCGACAGAAGCGCAGGGAGGAGAUCCAGAAAGCCCUUGCUUUUAUCCAGUCAUCACUGCCUUUCCCUGACCCGGCUGGAUAUGAGGCCUUCCUGACACAGCUGGUGUGUAACCUGUUAUACGAGGGCAACGCGGCGUUUCGAGAGGGAGACUGGACGCUGGCGCGGGGGCACUUCAGCGAGGGUGUGAGCGUGGCGCGAUAUGCCCGGGCAGAAGGGGUAACGGUUCCUUCAGCACUGCUCGAGAGUCUGUAUGUGAACAGAGCUGCAGCACAACACAACAUGGGUGACUUGGAAGCCAGCGUGAGGGACUGUGACAGUGCUCUGGGUGUGAGUAAGGACAGCGCUAGAGCUCUGUACAGGAAAGCCCUGUGUCUGAAGGAACUCGGUCGACUGAAGGAGGCGUAUGAUUGUAGCGCCGCCUGCCUGCUCACCUCUCCACAGGAUGAGAGGAUAAAAAAACUGGCAGAUGAAUUAGCCAGCAAACUUGAUUUGAAGACCAGUGAGGCUCACAUUAACCUGCAGCAGGGUGACACUGAGAGCAACGGGGACGGUCUGCCUCCUUCCAUUCCGGUUUCUAAUGGACUGGAUAGCUUGUGUGACAUCACAGGUGGGUAUGGACUGCUUGAGGCCAUACCUACUGUCCUGCCCAGCCCGGUCCUUGUUAGCGAUGUUGGCGAGGAUCCCGCCGUGUGUCUGUCCGUGCCCGUAUCGGAGCCGCUGGAAGACUGUGAGCUGGUGGGAGACGAGCUGGACUCGCUGCUGGACAGCAUCUCCAAGCAGGAAGAGCUUCCACAUAAUCCCGUUAAGGGCAGUGUGGUCCCCACUCAUGUCCCCGCAAUGGGUUUGGGUCCAUUAUUUCAUCCUUUCCCUCUCCUCCCUGCUCCCUCACCUCGCCUCCCUCCUGCUUUCUUCCCCUUGGGUGUGAGUCAGCUCAACUCGCUAGACUCAUUUGCAGAGGUGGGUCGUGACCCUGCUCCGCCCAUCAGGCCCCUAGAUUCUCUCGACGACUUCUGUCCUGCUCAGGCCUCAACGUUUCACAGACCCACUCUGGUGGUGGGAGGAGAGGGGCUCGACUCGCUGUCUGAGUUUACCCUGCCAGAAAGAAAAAACUUCCACAGUUUUCUUCCCCCAGUGAAGAUAAAAAGUUCAUCAGACAUUGUGAAUCCUGUCUGCAUGAACGGUCCGGUGGUAUCCACCCUGUCCCAGCUCUCCAGGAACCCCCUCGAAGACACUCACGAAUUCACUCAAGCCUGUUCCAGCUGUUUCAUACACACAGGUGCUGGAGUGCUGGAUCGUGAACACAGAGCUGAUUUGUCUCAUAGCUGUAAGAAGGACAUUCUGCUGUGCAGGAUCAGAGGCGGAGCCAAUCUGCCCUGGAGGCGUAUCCGGCCCCGCCCAGCUCGGAGCAACUUCCAGGGUCCAUACGUGCUCUGUAAAGAGGUUCUGCAGAAGCAGGACUGUAAGUACGGUGAAGCCUGCACGUUUGCAUACUGUCAGGAGGAGAUUGAUGUGUGGAUGCAGGAGAGGCGGGGCUUACUCACCAGGGAGCUGCUUUUUAAUCCGCUCUCAGCCAAUCAGAGACAAGCACUUAGUGUCAUCAAACUACUGAGUAUACACAACGGCAUGUUCAUGUUCCUCUGUGAGGAAUGUUUCGACAGUCAGCCCAGAUUAAUCAGCAAGCGCUGCAAAGACAAUCCGUCCGUCUGCUCCAACACGGACGCUUACCAUUACUUUGACAAACACAAGUGUUUGGUGCACGUGGUGAAAGACAGCAGUGUAAAACACUAUAAGGUUCGUCCCCUCACUGCUCACCGUCAGUUUGAUUUGUGUCGUCAUGAGCUGCGCUCUGGUUGUCAGCGUGGGAACUCUUGCAGCUUUGCUCACUCGCUCAUCGAACUCGAGUGCUGGAUCCUGCAGAAAGAUCAUGGAACCACUCAUGAGGAGAUCGUACAGGAGUCUAAGAAGCACUGGCACAAACAGAGACUAGUGAACAUCUCUCAGUCCCAGAUCAACGGUGCUUCGGCUAAAGGGGAGGGACAGGGCAAAGGAGCAGAGCAGAAUGGAAAGGCUGUACGGAGCUCUGGGGCAGGAAGUGUAUCGUCUGUGAAGAAUCCUGAGUUGAGACUGGUGAUGAAGUUUGUGUGUGGACAGUGUUUUAGCGGUGGCCUACACGUCGAACCGGAUAAGACGCUGAAAUACUGCAGCGCUAAAGCACGACACUGCUGGAUUAAAGAACGGAGGGUGCUGCUGGUGAAGUCUAUAGACAGGGAGAAGUGGGUGCCUGUAAGACCUUUACCCUUUGCGAAGACGUACCCUCAGCAGUAUGAUAUCUGUGUUCAUGUGCUGAAACAGAAAAAGUGCCACUAUAUUGGGAACUGUUCAUUCGCCCACAGCCAGGAAGAGAAGGAGCUGUGGACCUACAUGAAGAACACCGGGGUACGGGAAUUGCAGCAGGUCUACGACCUGUGGUUGACCAUAACCAAUCAAAACAAGCGAUCUGACGCUCCCACGACCUCUUCUGUAGAAGAAAAGCAGAUCACCAUGCCAACGGAUUUUGCUGAACCUACGGAUGGUUUCCACUGUGCUCUGUGUGGAAAGCACAGUAACAGUGAGCGUCAGUGGCAGCAGCACAUCUCGUCUGAGAGACACAAGGAGCGAGUGUUGAGCGGAGCAGGUGAAGAGGAGAGUUUCGCCUGGAACCAUCGCUUUCCCGGUCACUGCUUUACCAUCUGUCCUAGGUUGGACAGCGGCUGUGUCGAGGGCGUGAGCUGUGACUUCGCCCACAGUGAGGAGGAGCUACAGGAGUGGCGGGAGAGGCGGGACUUCCUGCGCCGGAGGCUGGAAAGAGCACGGGCUGACAAGCUGAUCGCCCCCAACGACUACGAUUUCGGGAAGUACAACUUCCUUCUGCUGGACUGAGCAAAUACACACACAGACACACACACAUACACACACUUUGCAUUUAUUUAAACCAACACUUUCUGUGUUAAAGUUGCUAAUUAGUUAACAGUUUGUUUUUUGCACCUUUUCUCUGUCAGCACCAUGUCCACCUUUUCUAAUCACCUUUGAUCAAGACACAACCCUUUCUUGCAUUGAUUUAUUUUAGAAAAACAGUAGUUUAGUCAGAAGGGUCACUAACGCCCUGCCAAAAAACACAUUCAGGGACCAAUGCUAAAAGCCACAUUUUAGCAUGCAAAAACACAAAUCAUGUCAUUUAUAUUGUGACCAGUUCUUAUCGUUGUACCAGAAUCCUCAUUUCUAGCCGAUUUAAUCUCUUGCAUUUGUUCUUCAGUCAGUCGAACUGAAUGAGUUUUAUUUCUUUCUUUAGAAAAACACUUAAAACAGAAUAUAUAAAAUGUACAAAUGCUAUGUCAACAUAGUCAAAAUUAGCACCAUCUUAUUUUGAAGGUUUUUACCCUGAUUUCCUGAAGACCUGUUAGAUGUUAGUUAUGCCCGCAUUCUCCACCAUUUGUUAGGUUUUUACUCAAAGUCGCUCAAAGUCCUGUCCCUUGAGCUAGUAUAAAGAACUAAACCAGGAGAUGAAUCAUUUGUUGAAUCUCAUGCACGAGGAAAGCAUGCAUACUUUGACUUGGUGUCUUGUCUGAGUGCUUUCAUUGUGCACGAGAUUCAAUAAAUUAUUCUUCUGUGAUUACGAUUCAAACCAGUGGGCUGAGGUGGCAUAACCUGCUAGCGUGCCAGCUAACGUCUCCCUCCAUGUACUAAAAACGGUUAAACUGUCCCUGACGAGCCUGAAUUUAUAAAUAAAUGACACUUGUGCACCUUUAUACAAAUUAAAAAUCUAUUUAAAAAUCGAUUGCCUUCAGCGCUAUAGAAGCAUCAGAUGCUCCCUAGUUUUUCUGUCAGAUUAUCACUUAGAAUGAAGGCACCUUAGUAGGAGCAUUUAAAGCUAACUAAGAAUUUAGACAUGCCUUCUUCUCGGGAGCGUAGGAUGACGUCUAUGUAGAGAGAGCACUAGGUUUCCAAACAGACCCAUAGUCAGGUUUGCUGAUUCUAAAACUACUUGCUAUUCUUUAAAGGCUAAAAAACAUGAACGGUUAGAUGGUGUUUGAAUUGUUUGAUUGUUGACGUUUAGUCUCCUGACACCAAAUUUAAGCAGUCUUUGUUGAGAAGACAGGAUUCUUUACCAACCCAUCUUGUGUGAAUUGGGUUAACUGCCAUCAUUUUAACAUACUAGCUGCAGGGGAAUUUUUACUUAAACAAUUCAGACUACACUGUUACUGAGUUAAUUCAUCAUUUUCAAUUAUUUUUAGAGCUACUGUAAUUAAACAGAACUAAACAAAAUUACUCUUAGUAAAUUAUAAAUUAUAUUAAAGUGAUAUUAAAAAUUACUUUUAAUAAAAACUAAAACUACACAUUAAGUAAGAAUUAAUUUCAUUGUUCUCAAUAUCUUAAAAUGCUUCUUCACUGUCCCAAAACAGAAAUAAUGGAAUGAUCUAGAACAGACUAGGUUUCCAGGUAUGCUGCUUAAUUUCGUUGGAAGUUAAUUAAGAUUCUGUGGAAUAUUGAUGAUGAACCAUUGUGAGGAAGUUGGGUAAACCUUUAAGGUGCUGGAUGAAACAGAUUAGUACAGAUUAGAAAAUUCAGGGUUAUAAAAUAUUAAAAUGAAACAAAAUUCCAAAUAAUGUAGUAAUGCAUUAAGAAAACGAAUGAACAAAAAAUAAAAACUGCAAUAACACGGGUUUCUACAAUUCAUUUAGCUUUUUCCAGAAAGUGAAGUGAUCUGCCAUUACAUUUGUAAACCUCAGAAAUGAGGAAAUCACAAAAAACUUGUUUUAGCAAUCAAUACGCCUUGUGCCUUUAAUUACUGUGCCUUUAAGAUCAGUCAGUACAAGCCUGAGUAAAGCACCAGGGUAAAUAAUUCAGGAUUAUAUUUAGGUGAUAAUGUUCCUUCCACUGUGUACUGCUGUCUCUUUAAUCUUCUCUAUAGUGAACCAUUAUGGAUUAAGAGAACAUCCAUAAACAUUACAUAUCUGAACUAUCUCUGCUGUUCUCUUAUUUAUAGUGUUCUGUUCAAGCACUGUUCUUGUGUGUUUUCUUUAAUACACAGAAGUUGGGAUUGGGUCAAGAAGUGUUUGCUGUUCUGAUUUUCAUAAUUUCUUGCUACUUAAGUUUAAUAUCAUAUACUGUAUGUCAUCUCAGUAAAACACUAGCACAGUUUUCACCUCAUCUUAUAUCUGUUCAAUCUGCCAGUCUUUCACUUUCUAAAGAGUUUUAGAACUUUUAUAAUUUUGUUAAUUGAUCGUUUUGCUAACAAAUACUACAGGGUGUCUCUAAAUUCCUGACACAUAGGAAAUAUCACUAACUAUAACUAUAUGUUUACUAAAGUACACACAAUUUAGUUGCAUCACAAACAGUGGAAAACACAUUGAAGAUGUUAUUGAUUAAUAUUCUAAUGAAAUAAAAUUUUGUUAAAAAUGUAUUGAAAUGUAUUAAAAAUAUGCAUUUUGCAUGUGUGUCCAGACUUUAGGAACACCAUGUAAAGGCUUUUAGCUUUUUAACCAUCUUUUCUUUCAGUUAGUCAUUGCCUAGUCCCUAUAUUAACUGCAUCUUCUCUAUUGCAUAACUGCUACCAAGCAUUAAGGGAAGGCUGAAGUCUGAACAUAGAACUCCCUUACAACACCGUUUGAGUGCCCAGAAUGUCCUCGUCCAUACACAAGCCCACAAAUGCUCUAGAUGAAUGAUAUGAGAGGCAGGUAUACCAUCCCUACCACUAAGAAAACCGGGCCAGUCAAGCGCUUGGGUUAUGCAGCAGUAAAACACGCUACCUCUAGGCACCCAGGUGGCGCAGCGGGAUAUUCCACUGUCGCACCAGCACCGAGUUUUCUGAACUCCCAGGUUUGAGGCUCAGUGUUGCCACCAGUCGGCUGGGCGCCAUCUGGCAGGCAUAAUUUGGCUGUGCCUGCAGCAGAUACAAAUUGGCCAUCGUGUCUGCAGGGUGGGGACCGGACUAUAUGUGGCUGGGUCGGUCUUCAUACGCUGUGUAAGGACCCUGAUUGGCAGAAGAGAUGCCCGUGCAGGAAGCACGGACGAGAAGAGGAGGGCUGUACACAUGUAAAGAAGGCGUGGGCAGCGGCGUGCUCUCCUUGGAUGCAAAUCUGGAGUCUGUCAUCAGCAGAAGACAAAUUGGAUGGGAGGAAAAAUGGGUAGAAAAAUGCAUUACAAAAACAAAAAGAAACACGCUACCCCACCACUGUAAGUCUGUAUUCCGUAAGUGGCUGUGUCUGAGGGAGGAAGGGCCUAAGGGAUUCCCCAUUGCUGCUGCAAUUGUGACCUCUGCUGGCAGGUCGAUGGUGACUGCACAGAGACGGUCAAUUAUGGAGAGCGGUGCAUGACUCACAUGGUACUGAUCCCAGUGUGAAUCUGCCUCGUGCAGGACAAAAAAAGCAGUCAGGAACUGAACACGUCAGAGGUACGGCACUUCUUUUGUCAGGGUAGCAGUCUGCAGUAGAGGAGUUACAACUGGGGAAUUGGAUAUGACUAGAUUGGGAGAAAGGGGAAAAGGUCCAUUCAUAGAAUAAUAAAUAAAACAAGUCCAAUCUACACCCAGUUCCCUCAUGACAACAGAUUAAAUGUUUUUGUGUCCUUAUCAGCUACAUUUUUGUGGUAAGACGAAAGCUGUGUAUGCUUGUGUUUUAAUUCUUUUGUUUUCAGUUUUUAACCUCUUUUUUCAUCAGACCGUUUGUGAAGCUAAAGUGACCAAAUGUUUAGUGUUAAUUGUAGAUACAUCUCUGCUUUACUGACCCCUACCACACAAGCCUUGGCAUGUCCAGAUUUAAAUAAAAACCCUGGCUGACUUGAUGAUGGGUCAGCAGCGGAUUCAAAUGUUGUACAUGUUAUACUUUUUCCCCCACUGUCAAUACAUGAGUCUGUUUUGUUACUAAACAAAUAUUCGGAAUAAAUAUUUUUCUACAAAAAA